AUGUUCGCGAAUUUACAGCCAGCACAGUGCUCGAAUCAACAGUGCAGUAAUCGCAACCGCUUCCAGCUCGAUAUUUACGAAUCGUCCUUUAUCGAUUUCCAGGCAAGCUACUUGGAUGUUAUUGUACGGGGCGAGCUUGUCGAAACAGUACAACCUGGUGAUCGAUGUGAUUUUGUCGGCACGCUGAUUGUCAUCCCAGACGUGGCUCAGCUAAGCGCACCAGGUCUUCGAGCACAAGUAACGAGCGGUAAUAGACGUCGCGGCCUGGGCAGUGAGCAGGAAGGAGUGACUGGCUUGAAGGCCUUGGGUGUGCGCGAUAUGAACUAUAAACUGGCAUUUUUGGCAUGCAACGUUACCUCCUCAAUUCCUUCGGUUAAAUUUAAUGUGCACUUUAUCCACGGUCUUAAUUUGUGCAUUUUUCCCCCAAUUUUUUGGCACUGGUUUAUGACGAAGUUGCGCUGUUAA